AUGGGGAGGAAGAAGCGAACUGAUCAUCCUGGUAGAGGUGAGAGCUCUGACUCCCAGGAGACUGAAGAAGGACAUGACCGCGGUCAACAUCCACCAACACAACAUCCACAGCAGCAAGGUGGUCACCUAGGUGGAGGAGGAAGAGGAAGAGGAUGGGGACAACAGCGUGGAGGGUAUGGUGGCCACGACGGCAGAGGUGGUAGAGUCUCUCCACAACAGUAUUAUCGUGGGCCUGCUGAAUAUCAGCAAGGGAGGGGUGGUCAGCAGUAUCAAGGGGGACCACCCCCUCAGCGCCGUGGUGGCAUUCAAGGCGGCCAUGGGACUCCUGGUGGUGGGCUGUCCAGGCCACCAGCUCCCGAGCUGCACCAAGCAACCCAGGCCCCAUAUCAAGCUGGGGUGAUGACUCAGCCAUUGUCAUACCAGAUGCCUGCAGAGAUGCACGCUGAGGCUGGUUCUUCAUCCCAGCCCCCUGAGGCAACAUCUUCACAUGUUACACAACAAAUCCAGCAACUAGUUAUCCAGCCAGGAGCAUCCCCGAGCGAUGCAAUGCAACCUGCGUCUAGCAAGUCAAUGAGAUUUCCUCUACGGCCUGGCAAGGGUAGCUAUGGUACCAAGUGUGUUGUGAAGGCCAACCACUUUUUUGCCGAGUUGCCUGACAAGGACUUCCAUCAGUAUGAUGUAUCAAUUACCCCUGAGAUCACAUCCCGUGGCGUUAAUCGAGCUGUGAUAGAGCAAUUGGUGAAACUUUACAGGGAAUCACAUCUAGGACAGAGGCUUCCUGCCUAUGAUGGAAGAAAGAGUCUUUACACUGCUGGGCCUCUCCCUUUUGUCUCAAAAGAGUUCAAGAUCAUCCUUAUUGAUGAAGAAGAUGGUCCAGCCAGCACUAGGCAACCGAGGGAGUUCAAGGUCUUGAUCAAGUUUGCUGCACGUGCUGACUUGCAUCAUUUAGGGAUGUUUUUGCAGGGAAAGCUAGCUGAUGCGCCACAAGAAGCUCUUCAGGUUUUGGACAUUGUUCUCCGUGAAUUGCCAACCACCAGGUUUUGUCCAGUUGGCCGCUCAUUCUAUUCCCCUCAUUUAGGGAGAAAGGAGCCUUUGGGUGAAGGGCUGGAAAGUUGGCGUGGUUUCUACCAAAGUAUUCGCCCAACUCAAAUGGGGUUGUCUCUGAACAUUGAUAUGUCGUCUACUGCUUUCAUUGAGCCACUCCUAGUGAUCGAUUUUGUCACACAGCUUCUGAAUAGGGAUGUUUCGGCUAGACCACUGUCUGAUGCUGAUCGAGUAAAGAUCAAGAAAGCAUUGAGAGGAGUGAAGGUGGAGGUUACUCAUCGAGGAAAUAUGCGCAGGAAAUACCGAAUCUCUGGUUUGACAUCGCAAGCGACACAAGAGCUAAUAUUUCCGGUUGAUGAAAGGGGCACAAUUAAAUCCGUUGUUGAAUACUUUAGAGAGACUUAUGAGUAUGUCAUUCAAUACACUCAGUUGCCUUGUCUACAAGUAGGAAAUCCACAGAGGCCAAACUAUUUGCCAAUGGAGGUGUGCAAGAUUGUAGAGGGACAGAGGUACUCUAAGAGGUUGAAUGAUAAACAGAUUACUGCGCUCCUGAAGGUCACAUGUCAGCGUCCCAAUGAGAGGGAGCGUGAUAUUCUUCAGACUGUACAUCAUAAUGCUUAUUCUGAGGACCCUUACGCUAAAGAGUUUGGAAUUAAAAUCAGCCAGAAGCUGGCUCAAGUUGAGGCUCGCAUUCUGCCUGCUCCCCGGCUUAGAUAUCAUGAUUCUAGUCGGGACAGGGACUGUUUGCCACAAGUUGGGCAGUGGAACAUGAUGAACAGGAGGAUGGUUAAUGGAGGCAUUGUCAACAGUUGGAUCUGCAUUAACUUUGCCCGCAAUGUGCAAGACAAUGUGGCAAGAAGCUUUUGUCACGACCUUGCUCAUAUGUGUAUUACUUCUGGCAUGGACUUCAAUCCUGAACCUGUUCUACCAGUUUUUGGUGGCCGGCCAGAUCAGGUGGAAAGAGUCUUAAAAGCUAGAUUUCAUGACGUUAUGACAAAACUGCAGCCCCAUGGGAAGGAACUUGACUUACUAAUCGUUAUAUUACCAGACAAUAAUGGCCCCCUUUAUGGUGAUCUGAAAAGAAUAUGUGAGACCGAUCUUGGUAUUGUCUCACAGUGCUGUCUGCAAAAGCAUCUGUACAAGGCAAACAAUCAACAAUAUCUUGCAAAUGUAGCACUGAAGAUAAAUGUGAAGGUUGGAGGGAGAAACACAGUGCUAGUCGAUGCACUCACUAGGCGUAUCCCUCUUGUCAGUGACCGACCUACGAUUAUUUUUGGGGCUGAUGUUACACAUCCCCAACCCGGCGAGGAUUCUAGCCCAUCCAUUGCUGCUGUUGUUGCUUCCCAGGACUGGCCAGAGGUCACAAAAUAUGCUGGUUUGGUUUGUGCUCAAGCUCAUAGGCAAGAGCUCAUCCAAGACUUGUUUAAAACCUGGCAAGACCCUGUUAGAGGAACUGUGACGGGUGGCAUGAUCAAGGAACUCCUCAUUUCUUUCCGUAGAGCAACUGGACAGAAACCACAGCGGAUUAUUUUCUAUCGGGAUGGUGUCAGUGAAGGGCAGUUCUAUCAAGUUCUGCUUUAUGAACUUGAUGCCAUCCGUAAGGCUUGUGCAUCUUUGGAACCAAACUAUCAGCCCCCAGUUACAUUUGUUGUAGUUCAGAAACGUCAUCAUACAAGAUUGUUUGCCGAUGACCAUAAUGACAGACGUGCUGUUAACAAAAGUGGAAAUAUACUGCCUGGUACCGUAGUAGAUUCAAAGAUAUGCCAUCCUACUGAAUUUGAUUUCUACCUCUGCAGCCAUGCUGGGGUGAAGGGUACCAGCAGGCCAGCACAUUAUCAUGUUCUGUGGGAUGAAAAUAAGUUCACAGCCGACGCCCUCCAGUCCCUCACAAAUAACCUAUGCUACACGUAUGCAAGGUGCACCCGCUCUGUUUCCAUCGUACCACCUGCAUACUAUGCACAUCUGGCUGCAUUUCGUGCUCGUUUCUAUAUGGAGCCUGAUACAUCCGAUAGUGGGUCAAUGACCAGUGGUGCAGCUGGUGGCCGUGGAGCAGGUGGUAGUGCUAGAAGUGCAAGGGUUGCAGGAGCCAAUGCUGCUGUGAGACCUCUACCGCAGCUCAGGGAAAACGUGAAAAGGAACAUUUUUAUGGCUUCUCUGAUCGUGGAUAGCAUGCCAGAUGCCUUGAGGCAGAGCCGAUACCACAUGAAGAAAUGUUUUGAUAGGUUCACUGGAAUGGGAAGAAGGCUAAUGAAAGCCCAGCAUUUAAAGGAAGAGAUGGAGAAAACAAUUGAGGACGAGCUUGAGAGAUCCAAGAUUUUGGAAGGUUCAAUUGGUGACAUCUUCAAUUCAACACAGGAGGCAGUUGUGGUACCACCUUAUGUUGCUCUUGCAAUGAGACACAAUCCUGGGGUUUGGGACUAUGCUAAAGUGAAUGCAGAGAAUCUAUCUGUUGAUAUCAUCACAGCCAAAGAAUACUUGAAACUCAAAGAAAAGAUCAUUGAUGAGAAUUGGGCUAUGGACGACAAUGCAUUGGAAAUCGAUUUUGGAGCAUUUGACGUUUCUAUUCCUCGUCUAUCCCUUUCUUCGUCCAUUGGGAAAGGGAUGACCUAUAUCUCGAAAUUCAUGACAACGAAAUUCAGUGGGAGUCCUGAGAGCGCGAAGACUUUGGUCGAGUACUUGCUUGCUCUCAAGCACCAGGGAGAGAAAUUAAUGAUCAACGAGACUCUCAAUACGGUAAAAAAACUUAAAGAAGCGCUAAUAAUUGCUGAAGUUUAUGUCUCUGCUCAACCAAAGGACACGCCUUAUCAAAAUUUUGAGCAGAAGCUUAACGAAUGGGGCUUCGAGAAAGGGUGGGGCGAUAAUGCUGAAAGAGUAAGUGAGACAAUGAGGUUACUUUCCGAGAUACUUCAAGCACCGGAUCCUACGAAUGCAGAAGUCUUUUUGAGCCGGCUUCCCGUCACAUUCAACAUUGUUAUCUUCUCUGUUCAUGGCUAUUUUGGCCAGUCAGAUGUCCUCGGAUUGCCUGACACUGGAGGCCAGGUGGUUUACAUUCUAGAUCAAGUGAAAGCUUUGGAGGAAGAACUUUUAACAAGAAUUAAGCAGCAAGGCUUAAAUGUGAAGCCCCAGAUUAUAGUGGUGACUCGCCUCAUCCCAGAUGCGCAAGGGACGACAUGCAAUCAAGAGAUCGAACCUAUUAUGAACACCUCACAUUCUUACAUCCUCAGGAUCCCAUUUAGGACUGAGAUGGGGAUUCUCCGCCAAUGGAUUUCUCGAUUUGAUGUCUAUCCUUAUUUGGAGAGGUUUUCCCAGGAUGCUAGUGCAAAGAUUGUUGAGCAAAUGGAAGGUAAACCAGACCUCAUACUUGGGAAUUAUACCGAUGGAAAUAUAGUGGCAUCUUUAGUGGCUAGCAGACUUGGAGUAACUCUGGGAACCAUUGCUCAUGCUUUGGAGAAAACUAAAUACGAAGAUUCAGAUAUGAAAUGGGAGGAAUUGGAUCCCAAAUACCACUUCUCAUGCCAAUUCACUGCUGAUUUAAUUGCAAUGAACACUGCCGAUUUUAUAGUUACCAGCACCUAUCAAGAAAUUGCAGGAAGCAAGAGCCGACCUGGACAAUAUGAAAGCCACGUCGAAUUCACUAUGCCAGGGCUCUGUAGAGUAGUUUCAGGCAUCAAUGCAUUUGAUCCGAAGUUUAAUAUUGCUUCACCUGGAGCUGAUCAAUCCAUCUACUUCCCAUUCACGGAGAAACAUAACCGACUUACCCAGUUUCAACCUGCCAUUGAGGAACUACUGUACAGUGAGGAGGAUAACGACGAGCACAUUGGAUUUCUUGCAGAUCAAAAGAAACCAAUUAUCUUUUCAAUGGCAAGACUUGAUACAGUGAAGAAUAUUGCAGGGCUGACUGAGUGGUAUGGGAAGAAUAAAAAGCUUAGGAGUUUAGUAAACCUUGUUAUUGUUGGUGGAUUCUUCGAUCCAUCCAAAUCGAAGGACAGGGAAGAAAUGGCUGAAAUCAAGAAAAUGCACACUUUAAUUGAAAAAUACCAACUUAAAGGACUAAUACGAUGGAUAGCCGCCCAAACUGAUAGAUAUCGUAAUGGUGAACUGUACCGGAUCAUUGCUGACACGAAGGGGGCUUUUGUGCAGCCUGCAUUAUAUGAAGCUUUUGGCCUGACAGUUAUUGAAGCAAUGAACUGUGGAUUGCCCACAUUUGCAACCAAUCAAGGGGGACCAGCAGAAAUCAUUGUUGAUGGUGUCUCAGGAUUUCUUAUUGAUCCUAACAAUGGUGACGAAUCAAGUAACAAGAUUGCUGAUUUCUUUGAGAAAUGUAACGGAGAUCCUAAAUAUUGGCAUAGGAUGUCUCAAGGAGGUCUCAGUCGCAUAUACGAAUGCUAUACAUGGAAGAUAUAUGCAACCAAAGUCCUGAAUAUGGGAUCAGCCUACGGCGUCUGGAGGCAGUUAAUCAAAGAGCAGAAGCAAGCUAAACAAAGAUACAUCGAUAUAUUGUACAAUCUCCACUUCAGGAAACUGGCCAACAAUGUAGCCAUCCUUCAUGAAGGAAAACAGCCAUCUAAACUAAAGGAAACUCCUGAAUCCCGACAACCAGCAAAACAAGCACAACCUGAACUGCAGAAACCAGCACCAGCAGAAGCUCUGCCGACUAAACCUGGAGAAGAAUAUGAAAUUGGGAAGCUCGACUCCCCAAGAGAUGAUAGAACGCCUAUGUCGUGUGCAUGUCCCUGGUGGCUGUGUUUAUGCGUCUCUUCUUGUAUCAUCCUUUAUGCUGCGCUGAAGCUGUACGGUUCACACGAAUGA